CUUCCCCGCUCCCUGUCCCUGUCCCUGUCCCUGUCCCUGUCCCUGUCCCUGUCCGCGGCGGGGCCCGGGUGCUCCCUCAGCAGCGCCGGCAGCAGCGGCCGCGACCCGCCGAGCGCCCGCAGGAGUCAGGCUGAAGAAUAAUGAAUUAAAGUGACUGACAUCAUGACAACGGUAAGACAGAGAAGGGUUGGAAAAGGCACAGAAGCUGCUGAAGAUCAGCCUUCAGAGGAGACAAAUGUGAAACCUGAUGGGAAAAUUCCUUCUGAUCGUACAGGUGCAAGGGUGUGGAAUAUACUCUCAGUAACUGUUGGUGGAAUUGCUGCCAUCUCCUUUGGACUUCUUACAUCUGUUUAUGUGGCUACACUGCAUGAAAAUGACCUGUGGUUUUCCAAUAUCAAGGAGGUCGAAAGAGAAAUUUCAUUCAGAACAGAAUGUGGACUUUAUUAUUCCUACUACAAACAGAUGAUUCAGGCUGCUUCCAUACAGCAAGGUUUACAUGGUUUAGUAUAUGACAAUAAAACUGAAUCUGUGAGGACAAUUAACAUACUUGAAAGAAUGAAUGUUUACCAGGAGGUGUUUCUCAGCAUUCUGUAUAGGAUUCUUCCAAUUCAGCAAUACCUAGAGCCUGUUUAUUUUUAUAUCUACACUUUGUUUGGACUUCAGGCAGUUUAUGUCAUUGCUCUGUAUGUAACAAGCUGGCUUCUUAGUGGAACAUGGCUUUCAGGGUUGUUGGCAGCUUGCUGGUAUAUUACAAACAGAGUAGAUACCACAAGGGUAGAAUUCACCAUUCCUUUAAGAGAGAACUGGGCCCUGCCAUUCUUUGCUGUUCAGAUAGCAGCCAUCACAUACCUCCUCAGAACUCAUUUACAGCCUGUGCAAGAAAGACUCACACUUAUGGUUGUAUUCAUAGCAACGUUUCUCUUCAGCCUGACUUGGCAAUUUAACCAGUUUAUGUUGUUGAUACAAGCAUUGGCAUUAUUCAUACUGGACUSCUUGGACAUGCUUCCCACAGCAAAGGUUACAUGGCUCUAUAUCAUUCAGCUUUCUGGAUUACUACUGGUCUGUGUCCUACAGUUCUUUAAUUCUAUGAUUCUUGGAUCCUUAAUUAUAAGUUUUAAUGUUUCUGUCCUAAUAGCAAGAACAAUCCAGAAAAACCUAAAAAAGGGUGGCUUGCUUAAACGGCUUGGGAAACUUAUCCUCCAUGUUCUAUUAGUCUUGUGCUUGACUCUCCUAAUAAAUAAAUUUAUUAAGAAAAUACUUAAUCUUGAGUCAGAUGAACAUAUAUUCAAAUUCYUAAAAGCAAAAUUUGGAUUUGGGGCAACAAGAGAUUUUGAUGCUAAUCUGUAUCUUUGUGAAGAAGCCUUUGGUUUACUACCUUUAAAUACUUUUUCGAGACUCUCCAGUACAUUACUUUUUUAUGUCUAUGGAUUUGUUCUCUUCCUUCUGACAGUAGCAKCUGUGAUUGUUGCCUUUAGGAACCUCAGUGGUUCAAAUCAAGUCCAGCCAAAGGGAAAAAUGGAAGAAUGCACAGUAACACUGAGGCCUGAUGCUGCUUACAGCUUAGUUCACACAGUUCUUUUUGGAUGUCUGGCAUUAAGCACAAUGAGAAUGAAGUACCUCUGGACAUCCCACAUGUGUGUAUUUGCAUCCUUUGGCCUGUGCAGUACAGAGGUUUGGAAACUUUUCCUGAAGUGUCUCCAUCUCUACACAUCCCAGAGGACACAGGUGAUUAAGUAUUCUAUACCAAUAAUUACAUUACUGUACAUUUCRUAUAAGUUCUGGCCAGGAAUAAUGGAUGAACUAUCAGAGCUGAGAGAGUUCUAUGACCCAGACACUGUGGAGCUGAUGAACUGGAUUAAGUCAAACACUCCAAACACAGCAGUGUUUGCUGGGAGCAUGCAGCUGUUAGCAGGAGUCAAACUGUGCACUGGACGGACCCUAACCAACCAUCCCCACUAUGAGGAUAAGAAUCUGAGGGAGAGAACAAGGCAGAUUUACCAGAUCUAUGCCAAGCGAUCUCCCGGUGACGUGUACAGCAUCCUGCGCUCCUUUGGCACGGACUAYGUGAUCCUGGAGGACAGCAUUUGCUACGAGAGGAGGCACAGCAGGGGCUGCCGCCUGCGGGACCUGCUGGAUGUAGCCAAUGGCCACAUCAUGGAUGGCUUGGGAGAAAAUGAACCUGAUUUGAAACCUUCAUUGUAUCCUCGCUUCUGUGAGGAAAUUAAAAAAAACCUUCCUUCUUACACCAUGCACUUCACCAGAGUGUUUCAAAACAAAACAUUCCAUGUUUACAAACUUGCCAAGCAUAAAUAAUGUUUCCACCCACGGCUUCAAGUUCAGUAUUCACUGCUAGGACCCACAUUAGGAAAUGCAGCUGAAGUUUACAAACAAGUUACAUUUCUAAGACAUUUUACACUAAUGGUUCCUUGUUUAAUUACUCUU